AGUGGGGGCGGUGCCUGCCCUUGGGAAUGUCAGCUCGCCAAGCGCAGCCCCAGCAGCCGCCGCAGCAGCAGCAGCACGUGGGCGCCCGGCGGCGGCGGCGGGUCUCCGGAGCGAGCGGCCGGGUCCGCCGCUGUCCCUCCGCCUUCCCUGGUGAGCGGCCGCCGGGCGGAGAGUCCCCGAUUGCCCCGCCGGCGAGGAGGCGGCAGUAGCAGCAGCGGCGGCAGCAGCACGUGCUCGGGGGACGCCGGGCUCCCUCCGCCUCCACCGAUGAACCGGAAGGGGACAGAGUAGAAAGAGGAGCAGAGCAGAUGGAAACACAGGACAGCUGGUCAAAAAGGCCAGGAAGUGAGACAGCAAACGCCGACGCCAGGUGGGCUGCCCUGCGCCUGGCUGUGGGGUGAUGAGCCUGUGCUGGCUUGGGCAGGAGCGGCCGGGCGGCUGCAGCACAGCACAGGUCAGCGGAGCCCUGCAUGGGGACUGCCCUGCUGAGCCCCUGAUGGGGUCCAGCCGGUGACCGGGCGGCCAGACGCCCCGAGGGCUCCCAGGCGGCGGCGGCGGCGGAGGCGGCUGUGCGGUGCCGGCCAUGAAGUUUGGGGCGGCCGACUACGCCAUCUUCGUGCUGCUGCUGGUGUUCUCGUUGGGCAUCGGCUUGUACUAUGCGCUCAGCGGCGGGAAGCAGCGCACCGUCCAGGAGUUCCUGCUGGCCAACCGGAGCAUGAGCUUCCUGCCGGUGGCCCUCUCGCUGCUGGCCACCUUCCAGUCGGCCGUGGCCAUCCUGGGCGUCCCCUCCGAGAUCUUCCGCUUCGGGACCGAGUACUGGUUCCUGGGCUGCUCCUACUUCCUGGGGCUCCUCAUCCCGGCCCACGUCUUCAUCCCCAUCUUCUACCGCCUGCGCUUGACCAGCACCUACGAGUACCUGGAGCUGCGUUUCAACAAGGUCGUGAGGAUCUGUGGGACAGCAACCUUCAUCUUCCAGAUGGUGGUGUACAUGGGGGUUGUCCUCUAUGCCCCAGCCCUGGCCCUCAACGCAGUGACCCACUUUGACCUCUGGGUGUCAGUGCUGACCAUCGGCCUGGUCUGCACCCUCUACACCACUCUGGGCGGCCUCAAAGCCGUGAUCUGGACUGACGUGUUCCAGACGUUUGUCAUGUUUGCGGGGCAGGUGGCCGUGAUCGUGGUGGGCACCAUCCAGGUGGGCGGCAUGCAGCGCGUCUGGCAGCUGGCGGCCCAACACGGCAAGGUGUCGGGCAUUGACCUGGACCCCGAUCCCUACGAACGCCACACCUUCUGGACGCUGGCCUUUGGGGGCGUCUUCAUGAUGCUCUCUCUCUACGGGGUCAACCAGGCCCAGGUCCAGCGCUACCUGAGCUCCCGCUCGGAGCGGCAAGCUGUGCUCUCCUGCUACGCGGUCUUCCCCUGCCAGCAGAUCGUGCUGUGCCUCAGCUGCCUCACCGGCCUGGUGAUGUUUGCCUACUACCAGCAGCGGCCCUUGAGCCAGGAGCAGAGGAGCGCCUCGCCCGAUCAGAUGGUUCUCUACUUUGUGAUGGACGUCCUGCAGGAUGUGCCGGGCCUCCCGGGCCUCUUUGUGGCUUGCCUCUUCAGCGGCUCGCUCAGCACGAUCUCCUCUGCUUUCAACUCGCUGGCCACGGUGACGAUGGAGGACCUGAUCCGCCCCUACGUGGGCAGCAUCCCCGAGGGGCGCGCCACCCUCUACUCCAAGUUGCUCGCUCUGGGCUACGGACUGGUCUGCCUGGGGAUGGCCUAUACCUCCUCCCUGAUGGGUCCGGUGCUCCAGGCGGCCAUCAGCAUCUUUGGCAUGGUGGGGGGCCCGCUGCUGGGACUCUUCUGCCUGGGCAUGUUCUUCCCCUGGGCCAACUCAGUGGGUGCUGUGGCCGGGCUGGUGGCUGGGCUGGCCAUGGCAUUUUGGGUGGGCAUCGGGAGCAUGGUGACCAACUUGCAGGCCCUGCCCCCCGGGAACAGCACCCCGCCGCCUCUCGUUGGAAACCUGACCACGACGGCAGUCAUGACGACGCUGCUGACCACUCCACAGAGGCGCACGGGGCUGCAGAAGUUCUAUAACCUCUCCUACAUGUGGUACAGUGCGCACAACUCCACCACGGUCAUCGUGGUGGGCCUGCUGGUCAGCCUGCUCACUGGUCCCACACGUGGGGAGGAUGUGAACCCCCGGACCAUCUUCCCGGUGCUGCCGUGGCUGCUCUGCUGCCUGCCUGCCAGGUACCAGGAGAAGCUGCGUUGCGGAGUCCGCAGCCCUGAAGAGGCUGGAAGCUGCGCAGAGCCAGCAUCUCUGGCCCCAGAGAAGACCAGCAACGGGCAGCUGAAUGGCCUCCCCGAGGGCCUGCCCCCAGGCGGGGACCACCCUGAGGGAGAAGACACAGGCGAGGGGGUGGUCCGGGCAGAUGCAACCCACACCUACGUCCUGCGUGAGACGGCCCUCUGAGCGGGAUGGAGCAACGAGGCUGGCCGGGGGGCGGUGUGUCUGCUGAGAUCUGUGGGGCUCCCCAUGCCAGGAACAUUCCCGCCCUCUUCUCCAUGCAGUCUCAGCUCACCAGGUGCUGUGGGGCAGACCCUAACCCCUUGCACCGCACCCUGACUGCAGCUGUGGAGCAACAACCCCACCCCACCCCGGGCUCAGUGCGGUUCCUCUUGCCAGUGUGAAUGUGCUAAUGCCUACGGGAGGCCACGGCUGGGUGCUGCCCCCCCCCCACGAAAACACACACCAAGCACAACUGGCCACGGCAUGGAUUCCUGUGGCCACUGUCGUGCCCCCCAUGCCUGGAAGGCUCCAGACUGCCCCCCUCAGGUACAGGCAGGGCUUGCCAAAGAAGCCCCUUGCUCUUGCAGUGGGGCCGCCCUGCUGUGGGGCCAGAUGGGGUCUGCACUGUGAUCCCCCCCCCCGCCCCUUGCAGCUGCUGCUGGGUCCACCUGCAGCCCCCUUUUCUCGCUCUCUCUCUCUCUUCCUCCAGCGGGAGGUGCUGGCCUGCACUGGGCGUUCCUGGGGUGGGGCACAAACAUUCCUACAUCCUAGACAGCCCUUUGCCCAGAUGCAGUCCCCCCCACCCCAGGCUGCCGCCCUCCAAGGCCUUGGCUGGAAAGAGCCAGGCAAAAUGAGGUGUCCUGUCCCCCCCCCCUUUCUGUCGGUGUACUCUGCAUCUUGUGUCUGUGAGACGCUGUCUAUUUGCCUGGUCUUUGUGAUGCUCAGCAACAACUUUUUGCUGCUGUUAGUAAACAUGGUCCUGUUGCUG